AUGUUAACUAAAGCACGAUUACCUAAUGGAAAAGAAUGUUUUUCAUUUGGUCCAUCGUCAAUUUUUGCAUAUGAUGGUGCAAAAAUGAUUGUUGAAACAGACGAUAUCAAUAAGAAUACAAAAGUUAAUUGGCCUUAUUUUAUAUUAAAAACCGAUUAUACUCAUUAUGCAUUAACAUAUAUAUGUGUAACAAAAGGUGCUACACGAUAUGAUCCAUGUAUAGAAGAAGUAGUAGAAGUAUUCAGUCGAACAACAACCCUAGCAAAAAAAUAUUUAACUGAACUUGAUAAUUAUAUUAAAAAUAGCUUAUGUAUUGAUCUAACAAAAUUUGAACAAAAUAUAUUUGUUGUUAAUGGACAAAUCCCAUUAUCAAUUAGUGAACAUACAAAAAAUUCAUGUGAAAUAACUUUAUGUGUUUAUUUAAUAUCAAAUUCUCAUCUUGUUCUUUGUUCAACUAAUUCUAGUUUUGUCACAUGUUGGAAUACGCGUAGAAAUUUAUGUCUUCUUCAUUGGAAAGCUGAUUCAAAUGAAAUAUGUUAUAUGACAACAAAUGAAUUUCAACUUGAUGAUGAAAUUAUUAGUGGAUCAUUUGAUAAUACAUUUAGUAUAGAUAUUGUUGGUACAUCAUGUAGAUCAUUAUGGUAUAUUUGUUGGACAACACAACGAACAAAAAUUCGUCUUGUUGUUUCACAUACAGAUCGUAUAAUGGGUGUCAUACCUAUUGAAGAUACCCAUAUAGUUACCAGUAGUGUUGAUGAUACAAUAACAAUUUAUCAAUUAGAAGAUCGAAAUGAAAUUCUUCGUUUUGAUACUAAUGGAUUAAUUAUUUCUGAUGGUACAUUACAUAUUUUUAAUCUUCUUCAUGGUCAAAUAGUACUUAAAUUACAUCCACAUACACCAUCUAUUACUGCCAUUAAUGUUCCACCAAAUAUAUCAUCAUUUGCACCAGAUGGAAUAACUAUACAUAAUAAUAAUAAUAAUAAUUGGCAAUCAUAUCCACCAAAUUUAGCUUGUUUUAUUGAUCAUAAUUUAUUAAUGUAUAUUGGUUAUGGAAUAGAAAAAUCUAUACAAAUAAAUAAUCUUGAUACAAAACAAAUUAUUCGUACCAUAUCAUUAAGUCAAUGGUGUUCAUGUUUUGAUAUAUCAAAUAUUAACAAUGAUGAAAAUGAAAAUCGUUUGAUAGUAAUUAAAAGUAAAACUAAUUUUCAAUAUGCUAUACCUGUCUAA